UUAAUACGUAACGCCUUUUAUUUUCAAAGGAAAGACCCGGAAGCAGUUGUUCCUCUUCUUCCGGUGUCCUCCACAGACUCGUCAACAUGGCCCAGGCUGUCCAGAGGCUCGUUGCAAAAGUACCCAGUGCUAUCGGGGCCGCUGUCACAUACUCCAAACCCCGACUAUCGACCUUCUGGCACUACGCCCGGGUGGAGCUGGUCCCCCCGUCCCCAGCUGAGAUCUCCAAAGCCAUAGAUGCGGCAUCGGGUCUGGUGAAGAGCUACAAGGCUGGACGCGUGGCGCAAACCACAGUCAAAGAUGCCUUAAGGAAUGGACUCGUGACCAUUGAGGUGCUGAUGUGGUUCUACGCCGGAGAGUGCAUCGGCAAAGGAGGCAUCAUCGGAUACGAUGUCUAAAAUGUCUUGAACUUUUCUUUCUUUGUACCUCUAAUCGUCACAUUCUCAACAACCUGCUACAAAUUUAUCAAAUAAACAGAUGUUAUAGUGGGAGAAACAGA